GGUUUUCGAUGUCCUUGAUGCUUCAAUUUCAAUAAAAAAAGGCCAAAUCAAAUUAUGUUCUCUCCAAAUAGAAAUAGACUUGAGUUUCAUUACAAUCAGGUAAUACGUCCAGAUUUAUUGCUAAAAAUUAAUUAUGAAAACAUAAUGGAAGUUCCCAGAUUGUGUAAAAUAAUAGUAGUUCCAAAGGCACCCUCAAAUUUCAUAAAGAAUGUUAAAUUAGCUAUGGAAAUUGUUUGUGGUCAAAAAUUUAUACAGACACGAAGUAGAGGUUCGUUUCCUAAUUCUACUUAUACCAAAGAAAAGAUUUAUGAACUAAUAACAGAUUACCAUGAUGGCAGGCAGGAGCUCUCUUCAAAGUCGAUUUUCUAUCUGACAAGUGCCUCAUAGGUCUCAAGCUUGCUUUUUCUUGAAAGGCCCGAGAAAG